UCGUUUAGCCAGAUGUGACGUUUCUUAGUCUUGUAAUCACGCGGAAUUGCGAGUUUCGCGUAUCUGUUUUGUGACUUUUCGCAGUCACAUUUUUUAGAAGAAUUCACUAACCGUUAACUCGCGUUAUCGGUACAGCUUUUGUAAGAUGUUUCAUUCGUUUUCACAUCCACGAUCGUGAUCUAUUUUUGAUGCGCGACUAGGGAAACUAUAUAAGAGCAACGACAAGGGACGACGACGCAAAUAAAUCAUUUAAAGAUCAACCGCCUCUAAAGAUUUCAAGACAAAAUUCUUUGAACAGUUUUGUCAUCCAAUUUAUCUGAAACGCGUGCCCGUAUGUUUGUAACGUCAUUUGUGAUAUGACGCAUCAUUACAUGACUGUUGCAUUAACAACAUUUCAUCAGUAUUUGUAUUAAUAGAUCAGAAUUAUAUGAUUGGGCGUAAAAUAUCAGCAGUGCUCUUGCGAGAUACACGCAGUUAUUAUAUCUUCAUUACUUAGUUAAAAGAUGUGUCCUUUUGACACACGUUUAAUUAUAUAAUUUCAUCAUCUUCUUUCAUAUUAGUUAUUUGUCCUCGGAUAAGAGCAAUUAUCACGCACAUAUGUGCGCAUCGAUGCGUGAGCUUUGCCCUGAUGAAAUGUGCGAGCAACCACGUGGAUUCAUAUCACGAUGGUGGCGUAUUAUAAUCGUUCGUGGAUAUCCAAGAAAUGAUUCGUUAGUAACUGCUGUACGUGAUAAAUUGCAUCCCUUUGGUCUGAACAUACUACUGAUAAAACCAGGUCCAACGUUUUUCUCAAGGAUAUUCAAUUGUGUAUCUCAUGUCUCGAGCUUCAACAGAUAUGAUUAUCCAAUGGUCACAAAGACUAUCCUGAAUGAUGAACGAUUGAAAGACGCUAUUAAAUUAACUGCCUGGGAGACAGUUAAUAAUGAAGGUUGCAGUGAGGAGAAGGCCUUUGCAAAGACGAAAGUCAGGGCCAAAGACAUACUACUGCAAAUGGAGAGCAGAUGCAGCGACGUCUUGCUUAAGAUAGUCGCAUGGCUGAUAUAUAAACUGCUGCCUUGUUUUAUACAAUCCGCCGUUGUGUUGCCCUCACAAAUAGAAUUGUUGAAGAAGGCAAAUGACACCGGUCUACCGCUAGUGCUCCUACCGCUUCAUCGCAGCCAUCUAGACUAUAUAAUGAUCAGUUUUCUCAUGGUCACGAAUAACAUAAGGAAUCCAUUAAUUGCAGCAGGAGACAAUUUGAAGAUUCCAUUUUUUGGAUGGUUGCUGAGAGGUUUGGGCGCUUUCUUCAUUAAACGUCGUAUCGAUCCGAUAGCGGGACGCAAGGAUCAUCUCUAUCGCACGAUUCUUCAAACAUACAUCAUGGAGAAUCUUCGUGCCGGACACAACAUGGAAUUCUUUGUGGAGGGUGGCCGCACGAGAACCGGCAAACCUUGCAUGCCAAAGAAUGGUAUUCUGAGUGUCAUUGUCGAUGCGUACAUGGAUGGCACAAUCGAGGAUGCAUUGUUGAUUCCGAUAGCGAUGAAUUAUGAACGAUUGGUGGAUGGAAAUUUCAUUAGGGAACAAUUGGGACAGCCGAAAAAAAUGGAAACUUUUACUUCGGCAAUAAAAGCUAUGUGGUCGACACUCAUGGGUCACUACGGUAUCGUUAAGAUUGAUUUCUGUCAACCGUUUUCCCUUAGGGAAAUGAUAAAAACCUUUCAAGCUCAGCAAAAUAGAUCAUCGCCAAAACGAACUUUAAAAUAUACUAUGUCGAACUCGUCUAUUUAUGGUACAGAUGUCAUUGUGGAAGAACAUCGUCAAUUGGUGGAUAAUAUCGCCCGACAUGUUGUAUAUGAUUCGUCCCAAUCCACACCGAUCAUGUCGACCAACGUUGUUGCAUUUUUAUUAUUAAAUAGGUUUAGAGACGGUUGUACAUUAGAUAAAUUGAUCGAAGCAUUCGAAUCGAUACGGUUAGAGCUGGAAUUUAAUAAUAUGGAUAUAGCAUUUUGCGGAGAAAAUAUUGAUAUUGUUAAACACGCGCUGGAUAUUUUGGGUCCUGGCUUAGUGAUGCAACAGCGACAAGAAAUCACUGAAUCUCUUGAUGGCAAUCAGUCUUACAAGUCAAACGUUGUUACCGCAAUCCGUCCUGUAUCAAUUUUGCCAAAUGUGAUUGAAUUGUCGUACUACAGCAAUACUAUGUUAUUAUAUUAUAUUAUGGAUAGCGUAGUAGUAACUGCUUUGUAUGCUGAAUUGCAGUCACAAAUUAACGAUCCGGUUGCGAUUGCCGAGAACAAUAUUACAGUGCUCCAAGAUAGUUUGGUUAAUCGAGUACUAAAAUUAUGCGACAUUUUGAGAUACGAGUUUAUUUUCUGCAGGCCUUGCCAGGAACUCGAAGAUAUAAUUCUUGAAACGAUAUAUAAAUUCACGCAUAAAGGCAUUAUCGACAAACAAGAGAAAGCAUAUCUCGAGGAUGAGCUUUGGAGUAAAAGAUACGCGAAAAAUUUUGAUGACAGCUCGGAUGAAGAAUAUGAGAGAGAACGAAAAAUCUGCAACAUUAAAUAUAAACUGAGCUUAAAUCCAGAACACUCGAGUUAUAUGGAAUUCUUACAUAUGGCAUUACGACCAUUAAUCGAUACGUAUACAUGUAGCGCUUUCAAUUUGAUAAAGCUAGUCGGCCGUUCGCUUUGCGAGCGAGAUUUAGUCCAAGAAAUAUUGAGCGAAAUCAAAACUAAUUUGGACGGAGGCAUAGUUAAUUAUGGAGAGAGUUUAUCUGUCGAUCCGAUAAAAAAUUCCCUCAAACUUUUUGAAAAGUGGAAUGUCUUAGAAUGUCACAUACAAGAAAACAUUAAAAUGUUUUACUUGAAGGAAGAUUACGACAAAGAGGUGAUAGCGAAAAGCGUAUAUAAUACUAUAGCAGCUUUUAAAUGGACUAAAAAUGUGAACUAAAAUGUGAUGACCUGCGCAAUCAAAAAAAAUCUUCAAUAUUUUUUUAUAUCUUUUAUAGAAUCUAUUGACAUAUUUUCAACACAAAUGGUCUUUUGUAAAACGAUGUUAUCGUAUGUGUUAAAU